UCGACCAAAUAUUUUUGUCGGUUUUCUAGUUUGAGUAGAUAAUUCUAAUCUUCUUUGGUCUUCUUUCAUUUCACUGUAUGAGGUGUGUGGCAGAAUCAUGGCUGAAACGAGCAAACCCGUUGGUAUCAUGCCAAACCAUUUGGACUUACGCGAGAUCUCUUUUACUAACUUGCUACUGUUGGAUUUCAAUCCUGAAGAAAUGGAGUCCAAAUACAGAGUGGUGUUUAAUCGUGAUAUGUUUGCAUUACCAAACAAGAAAGCCAUGGAAGUGGUGAUGCAUUUUCUUUUUACAAGACUUCAUCCUCAGUUGGCAUAUGAAGAAUUCAGGGACUGUUGGCCAGUCCGUGACAAGAUCCUUGAACAGCAAUUUAGGAAAGUUUGUUUUAACUGGGUAUCCAGAGUACAGAAGGAAGACCCAGAGGCAAGAUUACCAAGAAUAGUCCAAUCACUUUUCCAUUCUCCUGGAGGAGAUCGUUUCUAUUCAUUCCUUCAUCAUUUUUCCCUGUAUGUGUUGACAAAAGUUAUGUAUCGUGAUCAUGGUAAAAUUAUCAGCAUUCCUACUUUUCCAACAAAGACUGUUCAUAACCAUUCCUUCACACAUGUAAUGUCUAAAGCACUGGAGGCCCACUUCGUUGUUUUAAAGAAAAGAUUUAUAGAGUUUGCACAACAUGCAGUAGAAGUGGAAAAUCACUGGAAAGAAUUUGCCAUGGAGUCAACCAAAGAAUUUAGAAUUCUAGUUAAAAAGAAGCGUGAUCUUGAGCGACAUAUCUUGGAACUGGAUGGGGUUAUUGCAACAAGAGGGAAAAGUGUUGGUAUAAGGACUGAUUACCAAGAAGAUGUUGAAGCUCUCAAAAGGACACAGUAUUUACAAAAGGUUCGAGACUUGUGGACUGGAAUUGCAGAAUUCCACUCUAUGCAGGGACCUCAGAGGAAGAUAGUUGACACAGUGCUCAUGGGUGAAGCAAACAACUACCACAUUGAUGUUUCAGACAUAGAACCAAGAGUUCCUGACAUGCUGCUGAGAGAUUCUGAAAGGGAGAUAAAAAAGAGAAAUAUUGAAGAUACUUACUGUGGUGGAAAAGUGAAUCUUUUGAGUCUGAUUCAACUUUGGAAUUUGUCGCUUUAUAAGAUAAGGGAGCAGAUUUGCCAAGAACCUCUGCCCAGUUUGGAUGAUUACUGUCCAACAGUGAGGUCAGCUUUUCACACCCAUGAGGCACAUCUUACCAACACUAAGUCACUAAGGGCAGCUAUAGAAGAAACUAUGCCAGCCAUGAAGGAAUCUAUCAAGGAAUUGAAGUUACAAUGUUACAGGAUGUUGGAGCAAAAACCUAGCAAGGCAACACAGGGACCUGUUGUGUUUAAUCUUGGACUAGUUCCUCCUACUCCCCCAGUAUCCUUUGCACCUGCUGACACACCAAUGGCACAGAGAAUUACUUCUUUUGAGGACAGUCUCAAGCUUUCACCAGAAACAGUUUCUACACCAGAUGUAAUUCAAGCAUGGACCAAAUCUGCCAGAACAAAGCAGUUGCAUGGUGAAAAAGAAUCUCUUCUCAAGCCCAAAAAUAAAAAGGAGAAAUCUUCCAGGCUUCCAAGGCCAAUACAAUAUUGCCAUGCAACUGAAAUUCUGAACACAAAAACUGCCACCUCCCAAUCAACUGAAAAGAAAAAGAAGCCAUCCCAGCCAUAUGUUGAAAAAAGUCUACCUUACUCAUCAUAUGUCACUCCAAGAGCAGAGCAAGUUGAAAUUGUACCAAAGCACCAGUCUCUGAAACCUACAGUACAGAACAUUUUGGCAGAUCAGAUCGCAGAUGCUGUUGCUGUACAGGAAACCACCUCAAGCUCUCUUUCAUCGUCAAGCUCUUCAUCCCGUGCCACCACCCCUCAGAGUGAUAUUCUCCGGUCUCUAUUGCAGCCUCAAGCAUUGGAGGAUCCUGCUGGUGCACUAGGACAAGACGCAUUUAAACCGCGAGAUCGGAUUCCUAGAACUCCAGCUAAAUCCGACGGUGGUUACAAAGGAGUAAAAGAGGAAACAUUGACUCGACAAAACGCUGAGACAAAGACUGGUCGCCUUCUCCAAACCAUCCUUGACGAAUCUACUGAAACAUCCACUCCCAGUCCUGUCAGAGGAGGCCUGUCAAGGGAUACUCCUCCACCAGAUGUUAGUGGUGCUACGUAUUCUGAGGGCAAAAUGUCCUCAAGUCCACUUAGGACCUCUUUGGUCCACGAAAAAUCUCCUGAACGUGGUGCAUCGUCAUUGCGACUGUUUUCGUCUCUCAACCAUUCUAGUGAUAAGCUCGCUUACAGCACCUCUGUACACGAAAGUUUUAACCGUACCACGUUUCAGCCUACACCAAAGUCAGUCAAAAAAUCGCUCUUUGAGGAAUCGCCCCUACAGCAGGAAACGUCACAGCAUCAAAAGAAGGUUACUCCCGCUCAACCAACCACCAGUCUAACAACAAUGUCAGACGAAUUGCCGUUAUCUAUCGGACAAUCUCCAAGUCUUGAAUUCUGGCUUCGUCCACAAGGAGGAUAUUUGGAUUUUAAUGUCCAGGAGACAGCUACGUCACCAACGACAGAUCUUAGUCUUGACGAAACUCCUUUAGAGAGCGGCAAUUCGUCGUUUAAUGGCAUUGAAUUUUUCAGUAGAUUCACUGAAAAAAUCCCACUUAACACGGAUAAAGCCAAGACGUCAGUGAGGACAUCCCAACCUGAUAAUACUUCAAGCGCGCAUGCCUCAUCCAAAUCCGGGGCAUUUGUCGCACAGACCGCGCUUCAAAAUGUUCCUUCGUCAAUUACUGAAGUCGAUACUUCUGCACUGAUUCAAAGACUUAACAAGAUUAAAUUGACGCAGCUCUCGUUCAGUUCUCCACACGCAGCUCCGUCAGGACCGUCUGAGUCCCAUGCAGCAGAUAACUCAACCAGUAAACAGGACGAGAGGGAGGGCCAAACACCUUCUGACUCGUCGUUAUUGGCCUCCAGGCUGGAUCAGAUAAAACAAGCGCAAAAGAGUCAACAGGUGACCCCUGGAGCAAACACCGAUGGAGACCUUAGUAAUAGUCGUACAAGUGAGCCUGCUCUGCUGACACCCCUGACCCCAAGCAGUAGGAGUACACCUGAUGAGGAUGGUAUCAAGAAUGACUUCGCUAACUUUUCAUUCAACUCACCGCAGCUCAUAACAAGUGUCUCUGGUUCGCCAUCUUCGCCAAUAGAUAUAGAUCUCUCCGGGCAAACUCCGUUUAGACAAAAAAAUGGCGUGGGAUUUACCAGUCCCCUUCAAGAAACACCUCACUUGUUGGAAGAGCUUUAUGAAGGUAUUCCUUGGGAGACAGCAACACCAAGUCUUCCAGAGAGAACCUCACACAAAGUAGAGAGUGGUUUAGCAGAAAAAGGUUCUAUUUCUCCUGGGGUGAACGGUCUGUACAGUUCUUCGCCGUACAACAUUUCAACACCUCUUCUGUUGAGUUGUGUGCAUAUGCCGAACGGAGCUAGUGAGGUUCCCUCGUCCAAACAGACCUUUUCAAGUUCGGGUGGUAACACCUUUCAAGACGAAAUAGACGUAUCAAGGCGCCAUGAUUUACCGUCUCCGUUCUCACAUCGAGGCAGUUUAACAAGUCACGUUACUUCCCCUUGGCCACAAGAGUCUCAUCACUCCCCUGUCGUUGGCCAGUUGAUAGACUUUGAUUAGAAUUAUUUUCCAAUAAGCACGGAAAUUGAUUACUUCUGGUUUCACGAUAGUGCAGCUUCUUUUCACAGAAUAGUAGCCAUAGACUGAAGUUUUUCCGAACUGUUAUAUUUUUAAUCGUGUGAAAUAAAACAAUAAAUCAUUUAAGAAACAUCACGAAAUAGAACAUGAUUCCAGCAGACAAAUAGCUGCACUAGACUUGUGAUGGACAGAAAGAUGAAUUUAAGUGUUGAAACUUA